UAAAUUUGAGGCGAACGUCGUAACCACUUAUUUACUGCCCAGCUUUUUGCAAACCUAAAAUGAAGGAGAAUUCAUUGAAUCACUUUAUUAUUUUUGGGCACUUUUAUUGGAGGACACUGCCUGUCGGCUUCCGUAAAUUGCCCCCGCGGUGCGGAAAUGCUCCGAAGAGAACAGACAGGAGCUGCCACUGGGGCUUGAGGUUUAGGCGACGCUGCUAGGCUCACCGGGCUUUUCUGCGUACUUAUUUCUCCCAAAGAGCCUAUCACCUUUUAUCCGGAUCGCCUAGAAGAGGACUAUUAUGUGAGCUCGGUGACCAAGUUUUGGAGCACUGUGCGAAUUGAGUUUUCUCGAAUCAGCUAUAUGGGCCAUCUCCUUUCGAAAAAUGGUUACCGUCUGAAGAAGAAGACACACAAACAGCAUCACAGGAAGAAGAAGAAGAGGAACUGCUUCCUUCAGGGGCCUUGCAUGCUGUGCUUCAUAGUCCAUAGCAGCAGCAGCAGCAGUGGCGUUCUUAACGAGGGCAGCGAACCAUUAGAGGCUGGUGUCAACGGCAACGUGUGCCGCCACAACAAUAUCAACGUCCCGGGUGUCGGCGCAGUUGGAAUCAGUGCGGCGCCCACUAAGCUCGCUGAGCACUACGCCACACUCGCCUCUCCUGAAGACCGCUCCAAAUUCCUCCUCUCCCCGCCAGAGUUAGCGAUUUGGGAAGGGACGGGAAGGAGCCUGCUGUCAGCUGUUCCGGCAAAACUCAUUCCACCUCCGGCUCUUUUUCGAACUGCUGGCGUGUCUGUGACUGUGCCCAUUCCCGUGCCUGUCCCCAACUGCACUUGUGAAUACGUUGAGAUGGUGUGUAAGCGGAAGUGUUCCGAGGUUCAGAGGUGCACACCCUGCAACAAGCAGCCACGCUGUGCCUUUUCUGCCCCUGACGGUAGCUUAGAUUUAGAGAACGGAGGGGUGGGUGCAAGUGCGGGAGAGGCUUCCACGAACUCGCAAACAGGCCACUGCCCUCUUCCAAUCUGUCCUUUGCCCUCUUCCUCCUCUUCUCCAUCGUCAUCCUCUUCCUCGACACCGGCUGAAGGCUGCUGCGGACCGUCUCUCAAGAUUGAUCCGCCCCAAAGCUCGGACUCAUCACCAGCCAGCCCACAGCAGUAUGACGACUGCCAGGCCAGAGGAACUGAUGCUGCUGAUCCUUUAAGUAUCAACCACCUGCCUUCUUCAAUCCUUCUUAAGGUGCUCUCGCACUUGACCGUGAAGGAGCGUUGCCUGUGCGCCUCUUUGGUCUGCAAGUACUGGAGGGACCUGUGCUUAGAUUUCCAGUUCUGGAAGAAAAUAGACCUCAGUGGCCUACAGCAAGUUAAUGACGAGCUGCUAGCAAAUAUAGCGUCUCGAAGGCAGAAUGUGACUGAGAUAAACAUCUCAGAUUGCAGGGCAGUCCAUGACCACGGUGUGUUCUCCCUGGCUUCUCAGUGUCCUGGCUUGCAAAAGUACACAGCAUAUAGGUGCAAACAGUUGGGGGACAUAUCCCUGGCCGCUUUGGCGGCACACUGUCCUCAGCUGGUGAAAAUUCACGUGGGAAAUCAGGACAGACUGACAGACAGGGCACUCAUAAAGCUUGGUGAGUGCUGCAGUGAGCUGAAGGAUAUUCACUUAGGUCAGUGUUAUGGUAUCAGCGAUGAAGGCUUGGUGGCUUUGGCCAAAGGAUGCCCCAAACUGCAGAAAUUGUACAUGCAGGAGAACAAACUGGUGACUGACCAGUCAGUGCGAGCGGUUGCAGAACAUUGUCCUGAACUGCAGUUUGUUGGUUUCAUGGGAUGCCCUGUGACGUCUCAAGGAGUCAUCCAUCUCACCACUCUCCGCAACCUGACCGUCUUGGACUUGCGGCACAUCUCGGAGCUGAACAAUGAGACGGUGAUGGAGGUGGUGAGGAAGUGUCGCAAUCUCAGCUCACUCAACCUCUGCCUUAACUGGAGCAUCAACGACAGGUGUGUGGAAAUCAUUGCCAAGGAGGGGAGGAGCCUGAAGGAGCUCUAUCUGGUCUCCUGUAAAAUCACCGACCAUGCUCUGAUAGCCAUAGGCCAGUAUAGCAGCACCAUAGAGACUGUGGAUGCUGGCUGGUGUAAGGACAUCACAGACCAGGGCGCCAUGCAAAUAGCAGAGAGCAGCAAAUCACUACGCUACCUGGGCCUCAUGAGAUGCGACAAGGUGAAUGAAGAGACAGUGGAGAGGCUGGUGGUCCAGUACCCUCACAUUGUGUUCAGCACGGUGAUGCAGGACUGCAAGAGAACCCUGGAGAGAGCUUAUCAGAUGGGCUGGAGCCCCAGUGCUUCGAACGCCUCAUAGCUGAGACUGCAUUAUACACAUACAUGUAAUCACGCACACACACAGACACAAGUAUGAACAAAAAGACCAUUUUUAUUGCAAACAUUUACACAAAUGCACCACAAUAUCAGAUCAGUCCUAUUUGCUUUUCAUUUUCUUUUCAAACAUGCAUAUGAACACCGCACACAAGCACACACAACACUUCCUUUAGUCAAUUCAUUAAAUACAAAUUUACCAUGUGUCGUCAUCAUCAAGUCCAAAUGCAACUCCAAUUUAGUUGAAUCUGUCAACCUUAUCUACAUGGGAUGGUUAACCAGUCGGAAAGGUUACCAAACCCUUGCCAACCACAUAUACGAUCUGGCGGAAAGGAUGCCAAGAUGAACCUUAAAAACAGAGGUCUAGAAAAGAACAAUGAUCCCAACAGGAGAUUAAGUCACGUCUACCAACGUGCUCACUUCCUCCAAGGCGACGCCCACUGCAGUGGCAGCCAAGCAAAACGAGCAAGCAAAGACGUCAACCACAACAACGUUCUCCUCCGGCUCUGAGCUGCAAAGACUUAAGCACUUGCUUGAGGUUUUGUGACAAAUGUAUGAUGUUUAUCUUGACUUUCUUGCUUGUGCAGUAUCGUGUGAAGGGAUUUGUGGAUUUCUGAAUGUUUAGAUCGUUGUCAAGGCUAAAUAUAAACAUUGUCGUGGUGCGGCACACGCAAGAUUGGGUUCUGGCCUAAUCCUACUUGCCUCUCAGGCAAUUGAAUAGCAGGAAAACCACAUUGAUUGUUUCUUCAAAAGUGCAUGAUUAGAUUGAGAUUGGCAUCUGAGUCAGUGAGUGUUUGAAAAUGCCUCAGAUUGAACUGAACCUAUGCAUGCCGUAGGAACAAUACUAGGAUAGACGUAUUAUGUCAUAUUUUAGGUGUACAGUGGAACCUCUAAAUUCUCUUGCAUGACCCCGCUUGGAUUUAGAAUUAAACCUAAUGGAAAUUGAAUGAAUCUGCUAUAGUGUAAACGUAGCAUGUAUUAUCUCUUCAGGCAAUACUCAGUUUUUAAAGCAUUUAACCUGCGUUGAUAGAAGGGAUGGGCACAACAACAAAAAUCGAAGUUUUGUUAUCGGGAUUCAUUGGCGAUCACUCAAAACGCUGUCUUAACAGUUUAGGUCUCCACAAAAGAACAGAAGACAUCACUUAUAGCAAUUUACCUGGGUAACAUCAAUCAGUCUCUUAAAUAGAGCACCUCCAAGUCACUCAUAGUGUAAAGGGUUCAUCUACCAGCUUCCAUUCUUAUUAAGUGUCAGUUUCAAUGUGAGUGUGGAUGACUUCCCCUGGUUGUGCUGUUUUUUUUUUUUUUUUUUUUUUUUUUUGGCCUAAUGUCGGUGGGGAUUGGUUCCAGCCCAACAUUUACCUGAACUGAAAUUGGAUUGAUGGACAGCACCAUCAAAACAGGAGGUCAAUAACGCUAAGACAUCUAUAAAAAUAGCUUUAAAAAUACCUGUUAGUGCAUUUUUUACCUUUCUCGACAUUCUAUGUUCAUUGUAUGAUUCAUUGAAUACUCCAAAUUGUCCAUGUGUGAUUGCCCAGCAAUCGGCCAGUCUAAGGUGUACCCUUACACUACCCUAAUUGAGCUGGGAUAGCUCACCCAUGUCCCAAAUGAGGACAAUUGCUAAAGUUGUUUUUUAAAUGGUCGUAACCUUAUGUUGGGCCCUUCACAAUAUACAGUAUAAAAAUAGCUUUGAAAAUACAGGUUAGUGCAUUUUUUUACUCUCUCGACAUUGUCUAUUCUCCCCGUGCUUGUGUGUUAUUACUGAGUAUAUCUUCCUCCUGCUUUUCAAAAUAACAAACGACUGUAUGAUUUACCAAAAACUCCAAAUUGUCCAGGUGUGAUUGUCCAGCAAUCGGCCAGUCCAAGGUGCGUACCCUUACUCUACCCUAAUUGAGCUGGGAUAGCUCACCUGUGUCCCUCAUGAGGACAAUUGCUGUUGCAGGUUUUUUUUUUUUUUUUUUUUUUUUUUAAAUAGUCAUAACCUUAUGUUUGGGCCUUCACAAUAUAUAUUAAAGACCACUCAAUCAAAACUUAGCAGUGUAUAAAUCUCUAGAUGUUCCCUUAGCUCAAGCCUAGCAACCUUGACACACUCACUAUUUUGUAGACGCAUUUAAAAAAAAUAUUGGUCUAAUUGUAAUGUUAAACUUCAGAGGUUCCACUGUAUAGACCAAAAGCACCAAAACAGUAAUGCCUUAAUACUAAACCCUUCCUCAGUUGAUCAAGAAAUUAAAAAAUACUUAUCUUCUUCUAGUUUAUCAAGUAUUUUAUCUCCCUAAUUUUAUGACCUGGUAUUUAGGUCAUUCAUAGACAUGGCAUUUACUUAUUAGCAUUAUGUUGAUCUUGAACAUACUUGUAACAUUAGCUAUGUAGCAUUUAUGUGAGUUAUUUCCUUUUAGCCACAGAGGAAACAAGUUGAUAGUGGAGAGUGGAUUAAUGUUCAUCAAACAAAUGUAGUGUGGAGAUGUGAGGGGAGACAAGCAGGGCUUUUUUUUUUUUUUUUUGCCCUGAUCCUCCUCACAAAGUAUUCAUCCAGCUACAACAAUAGCUUCUCUUUUUUCAGUGUAUGAUCAUGUACAAUAUAUUGUAGUUUGAAUACAGCAACACUUUGUACAGCGUAAGAAGAUUACACACAACUAAAAAGUUGAUUUUCCUCGUCAGGAUUUGUAGAUGUAGCAGACGCAGAGCUGCUCCCGCUGUCUGAUUUUGUUCUUUUGUAAUCCCCAUCCGCACUUUCUCCUCCGCUAGAUGUUGACAUACUUGAUUCUUGAUUUGUUAAGGCAAGCGUAAAUGACUGGAUUUGCAUAAAGAUGAAUAAAACACUACAGUUUCAAGCUUCCCCCA